UUUGACGAGCAUUGGAUAUUGUAAUGUUAUGUUAUCUGAAUCUAUCUAUCUAUCUAUGUUGUUAUGGCAGCCACUCCUGCAAGUCUCCGGUUUCUUCCCCAAAACCUCCCAACUUUCCAAUUCUUUUCAUCAUUUUUAAAACCAAAUGUUUUGUCAUUCUCUCACAAAUACCCUCUUUCUUCUCUACGUCCCUCUCAAUGUUCCUUCACUUCCCCCGUUUCCACCACUUCCUACGAGUUCUCUGAUGGUGCUUCUGAGAUGGAGUUAAGAUUAAAUAUUGGAGGCAUGGAUAUAAGUAGCACAAAAGACAUAUUGGUUGAUACAAAUGAUACAUCUUUAGCUAUAAGAGUGUUGCGCUCAGGAUCGCCUAUCACAUUGAUAGAAACUAAUCCUCUUUUUGACAAGAUUAAAUCAUCUGAAACAAUAUGGUAUUUAGAUGAUGAUCAGCUUGUUGUGAGUUUCAAGAAACAUGAUCCUGAGUUGAAAUGGCCUGACAUCAUGGAAUCAUGGGAAUCACUUGCUGCUGGAUCAUCACAGCUUUUGAAAGGAACGUCGAUUUAUCUUGUUGGCGAUUCAACUGAAAUCAACCAGAAAGUGGCUGAAGAGCUUGCUACUGGUCUCGGGUACACGCCACUUAGUACAAAAGAGUUACUGGAAGCUUAUUCCAACCAAACCGUGGAUUCAUGGCUGCUUGCUGAAGGUUCUGACUCGGUAGCCGAUGGCGAAGGAGUUGUUCUUGAAAGCAUAAGUAGUCAUGUAAGGGCAGUAGUUGCAACAUUAGGGAGUAAACAUGGUGCUGCUGGAAGAUCUGAUAAAUGGCGACAUCUUUAUGCAGGAUUUACUGUCUGGUUGUCACAAACCAAAGCAUCAGAUGAAGAUUCCGCAAAGGAGGAGACACACAGAAACAUCAAAGAUGGCAUAACUGCGUACACAAAUGCAGAUGUGGUUGUCAAGCUUCAGGGUUGGGAUCCUGCUUAUGCCAAAAGUGUGGCACAAGGAUGUUUGAGUGCCCUAAAACAGUUAAUCUUAUCAGACAAGAAACUUCCAGGCUUACUGUGUUAUGAUGCAGGUAAAAAAAGCCUAUACAUAAGAUUGGGAUGUCGUGGCGAUUGGCCAAACAUCCAACCACCUGGUUGGGAUCCAUCAAGUGAAGGCAGCGUAACUCAUGGCACACAAUAAUAAUGAUGCUUGUAAUAAUAAUAAGUGAGUAACAUCAAAUUUGUGAAUACAUGUUUGUGAAGGUAGUGUAAGAGAAAUGUGGCAGGGUGUUUAGGAAACUGGUUUAUCCGCCAAUUUUUUCAGCAGCAAUUGGAGUUCUUGGUUUUUGUUCAAUUUGCAUAUUUAUUUUCUCCCCCUCACAGAUUGAUGGAAUUUAUUAUUCUUUGGGAUUACUGUUGAUGAAA